AUGACUUCCAAACAACCAACAAAGAUUCUCCCUAAAAUGGAGAAAAAGGCCCCCUUCUCCUACGAGGUCCCGGGGGUGGAAAAGGUUGACGGUGAGACGGCACCGCGCCGAAACGUUCGGUGCAAGGAUGGUCUCAUCACUCAGCCCGAUCCGUCGGUCAGGACCGUUUACGAUAUCGUCACUUACGCCGCCAAAAGGUUUGGUAAUGCGAGAUGCAUCGGCUCGAGAACUCUACUCGACGUACACAAAGAGAAGAAGAAGGUGAAGAAAAUGAUUAACGGCCGGGAGACGGAGGUCGAGAAGGAAUGGUCGUAUUUCGAAUUGAGCCCUUACAAGUUCUUGUCUUUCGUCGAGUUUCAGAAGCAUGUCGGUACGCUAGGUGCGGGUUUGAAGAAACUCGGAUUGACCAAGGGCGACAGAGUACACCUUUAUGGCGCAACCAGCAUGAACUGGCUCUCACUUGCACAUGGCGCUUUCACUCAGACGCUUACGAUUGUCACUGCAUAUGACACUCUGGGUCUCGAAGGUCUCCAGUCCUCGCUCAAGCAGACCAAAUCGAAGGCUGUGUUUUUGGACGCUGGUCUUCUACCGGUUCUCGUAAAGGCACUGUCCGAAGCACCCACGGUCGAGCAUGUCAUUUUGAACAACGAAGCCAAAGUCAACCCGGAGGAGCUGGAAAAGCUCAAGGCGCAAUUCCCCAAUAUCCACGUGAUCGAGCUCGAUGAACUCAAGACGCUUGGGGAGGAGAACCCGGCGGAACAUGUCGUGCCGGAGCCGGAGGACCUGGCCUGUGUGAUGUAUACGUCGGGAACUUCGGGUACGCCCAAAGGUGUCACCAUCAAGCACAAAGCUGUUGUCGCCUCCGUCGCAGGUGCCACUUCAAUCGUGGGUGACUAUAUAGGACCCGGCGACGGUCUCUUGACCUACCUCCCUCAAGCUCACAUUAUUGAGUUCAUCUUUGAAAAUGCUGCUCUCUUCUGGGGUGCCACGAUGGGCUAUGGGUCUCCGAAGACCCUCACCGAUACCUCCGUCCGCAAUUGCAAGGGCGACAUCCUUGAAUUCCGCCCGAGUAUCCUCAUCGGUGUUCCGGCGGUCUGGGAAACUAUUCGAAAGGGCAUCGUGGCCAAGGUGAAUGCAGGCGGCUUCGUUACCAAGAACCUAUUCGGGUACGCUUUGACAUGGAAGCAGUUCUUGCUUUCUACCGGCAUUCCCGGGGUCAGCCUUCUCGAUGCCCUUGUAUUCAGCAAGGUUCGGGAUGCCACGGGUGGCAGGCUCCGCAUCUGUAUGUCCGGUGGCGGUCCCCUUGCCAAGGACACUCAGAAGUUUAUCUCCACGGCUAUUUGCCCGCUCAUCAGUGGGUACGGACUGACCGAGACCGGGGGUAUGGGCGCACUCAACGACCCUCGUGCUCUAACGUUUGAGGCCCACGGUGAUAUCCCCGCCUCCGUCGAGGAGAAACUGGUGGACUUUCCGGAGGCCGCUUAUUUCACUUCCAACAACCCCCCUCAAGGUGAACUGUGGAUCCGCGGUCCCUCGGUCACUGGGGGAUACUAUGAGAACGAAGAGGAGACUAGAGUUGCUCUGCGAGAUGACGGAUGGUUCAUGACGGGCGAUAUUGCCGAGUUCGACAAGAACGGCCACGUCAAGAUCAUCGAUCGCAAGAAGAACCUUGUUAAAACCUUGAACGGCGAAUACAUCGCCUUGGAGAAACUGGAAUCCAUUUACCGCGCAUCGCCGUUGGUCGCCAACAUCUGCGUCUACGCCGCCCAAGAUCAGCAAAAGCCUGUCGCAAUCAUUGUCCCGGCUGAGCCAGCUUUGCUGCGGCUUGCUCGGGAGAACAACAUCCAAGGCCAUGACCUUGAGGAUCUAGUUGACCACCCACAGAUCAACAGCCUUGUUCUUCGGGAACUCCAGAAGGCCGGUCGACAGGGCCGGCUUUCUGCCUUUGAGAUUAUUGACGGAGUUGUUUUGGAUAAGGAUGAAUGGACUCCUCAGAAUGUAAGUCCCGAUCCUUGCUCCUAG